CUAACAUGAAUCAGGCAUCUUCUCAUAGGCCACCCUCUUAUAGCUACAGCACUGCUCCGAUGUGUCCAGGCACCCGUAGGCAUGCACCCACUCGGGCAUCUUCCCACUGCCCGGCAUCCCCGUCCUUCCUAAGUGCUUCACUGCAACCAUCCAUUCACCAGACCAACACAAAACAGAUACAAAGUAAACAAAGGGUCGCCGUCUUACUGAAUUCUAUUGGGUCGAUGGGAAUCCGUGACUCGGAUGAGAGGGCGUAAUUGUCGGCCGGCUGCAGCUCCUUCAGUUUUGGAUCAGCAAGGAAGAAAUAGUAGGGAAGCUGACGUGGAGACACACACACACACGCACACACACACACACGUGUGCGACGGAUGGGGCGGCUCGUUUCGUGCUUUGAUAUGGUUGAUUCCCGCAGUUCCACCCUUUUAGGCUUUGGUGACACUUCGGGGAACUGCAUGCUGCCUGGUGAGACAUAAGGGAUACUCAUACAACCCUUGAAACCACCCUGAAACGAUACUAUCUUGUCCUCCGGACAUCCUGCAGGCAUAUUCCCUCAGUCAAAAUUUGAGAGCGCGUCACGUCUCUCUCACCGCAGAACUUCGGUUUUUCUGCGUCGGGCUCUGCCUUUAAGUUGAGGCUCGUCUCGUCAUCCGGUUCUGGGUUGGGCGGCGGCAGCUUCGUCUCGUGCAGCUGCAGGAAGCUUGCCGCCUUGGGCUUUGGCUGGGUCUCGUUGACCUGCUGCAUCACAUCACACGGCUCUGAACGCGCAUGGCAGCCAACGAUCAUUGAACGAUGGCAAAAUGGGAUCGUGCCGCCGUAUCAAUGCAGGUGCACCAACUCGCUUACGUCUCUGCGGCCGUCUGUUUGUGAUGUCGGUUAUCCACCAAUGGACUUGAGGAAUGUUGAUCACAUGGGGCUCGUCCGUCGUGAGCUCCAUCGACGCCACCUCCCCCUGGCUGGUCGGCAUGCUGAUGACUCCGGCCGGCCCAAUGAGAACCAAAUCCUCUCCAUCCACGUCAACGAACUUCAUCGUCUUGGUGAGGUCACCCAUGACCAUAUCCUUCUUGAAUCGGACCAGCGCGCCAGGGCUGUCAGGAUCCACCAACUCGAAACGCGCCUCUGCAAAGUGGAAAGCGCACACAAAACAGUACCGAACGCCUUUGCAAUGAGAUGUUCCUCGUGGCUCUCACGUCCGAUAUAGGGGUCGCUGAUUGUGACAACCAUCCAUGGUACAAACGUGAGCUCAGCGGUGGCUCCCCUGUGCUGUGCUGUAGUAGCUGCCUGCAUACCUGGUGCUUUCUGUAGUGAGGACACCAUGGGCGUUGAUGCGGCCAACGAUGUGCAU